AUGUCAAAAAUUUUUAAAACCCCCCCUACCAAAAAGGUUGAACACGAACAACAUAUACUAGAGAAAUUAGAUGAUGAUAUACUAAAAGUAAAUCAAAUACGGCAUGAUUUUACUUCAAACUCCACACAUUCGUUAGAUGAUGAAUUAAAAAUAGAUUCAGAUGAAGCUGAUAAAAAUUGGCACAUCGCUUCAGAAUAUUAUAAAAAUAUAGAUACGAAAGCUUUUAGACAAUAUGAAUUAGCUUGUGAUAGAGUUAAAUCAUUCUAUGAAGAACAACAUGAAAAACAAACUGUUGCUUAUAAUUUACAAGCUAGAAUAAAUUUUAAAACUAAAACAAGAGAUAGAAUGACAAUAUGGCAAGGUUUAGAGAAAUUAAAUAAAUUAUUAGAUGAAUCAGAUCCAGAUACUGAAUUAUCACAAAUAGAUCAUGCUUUGCAAACGGCUGAAGCUAUAAGAAGAGAUGGUAAACCUAGAUGGUUUCAAUUAGUUGGUUUAAUUCAUGAUCUAGGAAAAUUACUUUAUUUUUUUGAUUCAAAAGGUCAAUGGGAUGUUGUUGGUGAUACAUUUCCAGUUGGUUGUAAAUUUUCAAAACGUAUAAUAUUCCCCGAAAGUUUUAAAAAGAAUCCUGAUUAUGUUAAUCCAUUAUAUAAAUCAAAAUAUGGUAUAUAUUCAAAACAUUGUGGUUUAGAUAAAGUUAUGUUAAGUUGGGGUCAUGAUGAGUAUAUGUAUCAUAUUGCAAAGAAGAAUUCAAAUCUACCACCUGAAGCAUUAGCAAUGAUAAGAUAUCAUUCAUUUUAUCCAUGGCAUCAAGAAUUGGCUUAUACUUAUUUAAUGGAUGAUCAUGAUAAAGAGAUGCUAAAAGCUGUUAAAGCUUUUAAUAAAUAUGACUUAUAUUCAAAAAUUGAUCAGCAAUACAAUAUUGAAGAAUUAAAACCUUAUUAUUUAGAGUUGAUUAAUGAAUUUUUCCCAAAUGAAAUUAUAGAUUUUUAA